CCCUGGCUGCUGAUGGCACGGGUGCAAGCCCGCUCCUGGGGCGGGGCUAGCCAAGGUCACACCGCCCUUGAGCCCGGCCCUGACCUCCCGUUCUCCAGAGACCUGGCUCCGCUCCCCCCAUCCCACCCCGCCCCUCGCCCAGGGACCCUGCACCUUCCCCGCUGGGCCUGAAAGCACCAGGACAGGACAGCUUCCAGGCUGUCACACAACCCCACACGCAUGCCCAGGAUGUGCACACAUGUGUGAACAUGCACACACAGGACUUGUCCAGGCCGAGAGACAGAGACACACUCAGACUCAGAGACCCUGGAGAGGCUCAGAGACAGAAAUGGUCAGAGAAGCUGAGAAGCACAGCGAUGGUGAGAGUUGUGGUCAGAGACACGGAGGAGAGGAGAGUACACCCAGUAGAGCCAGGAGGGCUGCAGACAGUACAGACUGGCCGAGGGGCAACAUGCAGAUCAAGUGGGACCUGGAGACCCUGGGAGGCAUCCAAGACGGAUGGCGGCCCGUGGUGUCCCUGACAUGGUCCCCUGACUCGCGAGGCCCCCGAGCACACUGUCAUGAAGGGGACAGCCGUCAGUGUGCCGGAGCCGAGGCUAGCCUCACCGUGGCUGCCACAGCGCGCUGGCGGGCACCUUGGCCCUGGCAUCACCACAGGCUGCCUGCUGCUAGCACUGCCCUGUCACCACUCAGGCUGGUGGCCUAGUGGCCCCAUCGCGAGCCCUGGGCCCAGCCAGGCCUCCACUCCUAUACUCUGGGCUGCUGCCCCUGUGCUGACCCUAUCUGCAAAGCCAUGGUGUUGGGGCCUAUGCUGACUCAAGUUCAAAUCCCAGCUCUGCGACUUACUUGCAGCAUGACCUUGGAGAGGUCAUGGCAGUUCUGGAAGCUGGACAAGAUUCGGGAGCUGCUUUCUGACCAGCAAGAAUAUUGUGGAGAAGCUACCCUAGAUCAGCCCUGCCAUGCACCCUGGGGCCCCUACAGCCUCUGGAGUCUCUGAGCCCAGCCCUCGAGAACUGUGUGCCUUCGUGAGCGGGGCAGCCAGCCACAUGCUGCGUGCCCUGCACCCUCGGCAGACUCGGCCCCCCAAAAGGAGGCCCAACCACAGGAGGUUUCUGCACAACCAGAUCUGCAGGCAGUUUGCCAAGAUUGAAGCUGCCACCCAACGCCUGGCCCUCUCCAUCUUGUCCCAGGAGGCACCUCCCCAGAGACCACCACACAGAAGGCCACCCUUGCCACCUCCGUCCCCCUUCCUGGGGGUGGCCUGUGCUGUGGCCCCCACUGAAGUGCCUUCUGCUGGUCCCAGCCUGAGCCUCGCUGCCCUGGAUGCCUCCACCCUCGACCUCUUUGAUGACAUUGCACUCAACCCAGAGUGUCCCUCAGCGCCAUCUGAGUUGUCCCACUGUGCUUGGGGCCAGCCAGACCUGAGGCAGUCUUCACAUUUCUAUAAUCCCAUACCCCCUGCCUCGAAUGGCCUGGGGGGAGUGGAUGGGCCCUGGGCUCCUGAGGGGGACUGGGUGGGCAGGUGGGAGUUGCCUUGUGCCUGCCAUUCUCAGGGAAUCCCUGAGGGCUGGGGGACCUGCUACCCAUGAUGCUCAAACACAACCUAACCCAGCUGCCCCUGCCCCCAGACAAAUCAAAGGCCACCCUCCCAAUAGCUUAGCAGCCACCCCUAGAAGCCCCCAGUCCUGUCCACUCCCCUCUUGGCAGCCCCUGGGAACAUGAACCAAACCUGGACCCCCCACUUCAGACCAUAGCCUCUCCAGUCUUCUUCCCAGCCCAAGUUCCGCACUUCUGCCUCUGCCAGGAGUGCCUCCUUGCAGUCUCCCUCCCCCACUUCACCCCAGCUCCACCUCCUCAGCAUUUGCCACUCCAGCUUCCUCUCACCUGGGUCAUUUCUGCCUAAAGCCUGGUCUGGUCUCAUCUAUUCCCAAAUAAUGUACGGAGCACCUACUACGUGUCAGGUUCUGUCUAGGCACCGAGGAUUCAGCAGUGAAUAAACAGACAAGAUGUGUGCAUUUAAGAGUGUGGGGGAUGGGUACCGGUGUGUGUGGGGGGUUGACAAUUAGUACAUUUGUACAUUUUUUUCAUUUGUACAUUUUUAAAGUGCAAGGUAAAU